CACAAUGUAAACCAGAUUUUUUUUUAUGAUACUCGAAUCUAUUUAAUCGAAAUACUUAAAUAUUUGAUAAUAAAUUUAUAAAUGAUAUAUGCAUUUGAAGUAUGAUUAUACUUUAUAUAAAAGGUAAAGCCUAUUUAGAAAAACUGCUCACAAGCUAAACCAAUCAAGACAUAAUGUUGCACCAAGCAUUGUUAGCUAUUCUGCUGGUAUCAGCCACUUACGGCAGCCAUCAAACUUACCCCGGAACAACAACCAGGCCAAUACUAUCAGACGCUGAGGCAGCACUUUAUACGAAAGAAAUAUUUUUGAACGGAUGGUCUCCUGGUAAUAUCCAAACCACUAAAUAUGAUUAUCUAGUAGGUUCUGACGGAUAUAGUACCAUUCAAGAAGCUGUCAAUGCUGCUAUUAAUGAUGGAGGUACUACAAGGAAAUAUAUAAAAGUUGAAAAAGGUACAUACAAGCAGGCGGUUCUUAUUCCAAAAACAACAGUUCCAAUUACAAUUUAUGGUACUCCAAAUACUCCUACCGAUGUUCACAUUAUUUUGUCACAGUCUGCUGCUAUGACAGGUAGUGAUUAUGCCACACAAGUGAAUCCUGAUGGUACUCGUUAUCAAAGCGGAGAUCCAGCUUGGUCUAUGUAUAACUAUUGUGCUUCUAAAGAAACUAUUGGUACCGCUUGUUCUGCCGUAUUUUACUCUCAAAAUGAUCUCUUGGAAGUAGCCUACAUAACCGUAGAAAAUCCUAGUAUUGCCGCUCAAGCUGUAGCUGUUUCUACUUCAGGUGAUAAAGUUCACUGGGAUAACGUAUAUUUGUAUGGAUUUCAGGAUACUCUAUAUGUUGGUGGUUCUGGCAGAAUCUACGUAAACAAAGCCACCAUUAAGGGAGAUGUCGAUUUUAUUUUUGGAUCGGCCAUCGCUAUUUUCGAGAGCGCACAAAUUAUAUCCAGAGAUGACAGACCUCGUACUACUUCUGUUGUAUUCGCACCCAAUACUCCAUAUAAUCAGAAGUAUGGUAUGUUGGUAAUAAAUAGCAAUAUAACGGCAGACAGUGGCAUCGAGGCGAAAAAAGGAUGCAGUUUGGCCAGGGGAUGGGUUUCAAGUUCAACUGCUAAUGGUCAAGUAAUAAUCAGAGAAACAGAAAUCGCUGAUGUCAUUAAUGUGGAUGCCCCCUAUACUACCGAUACUGGUGGAAAUUCCUUUUCUGGUAAUAUUGAUGAAAACAGGAACCUGGAUGAUACUUCCUAUAACAGAUUUUGGGAAUACAAGAAUACUGGAAGUGGAGCUUAAUUGUUUAUCUUUGCAAUAAAUUUUUUGUUUGGAAACCA